UGACCAACUAAAAUACUUUAUCACACUCCAAAUCCGGUCCACCGGAUCUCUUCUCCAACAAUCACACUUCUCAGAUCGAUCCAUCAAUCGCUAUAUUCUAGAGAGAAAUCAGGAGUGAGAAUGUUCAAAUUCCUGAAAGAUGUCGUUGCCGGAUCUACUGCCGGCGUUAAAGAUCUGCCGUACAACAUCGGCGAACCUUAUUCUUCCGCUUGGGGCUCCUGGACUCACUCUCGCGGCACCUCUAAGGUGGAUGGAUCUCCUGUAUCAAUAUUUUCGCUCACGGGAAGUAAUGCUGGUGAUGGACGUAUAGCUGCCGCCCGCAAUGGUGUCAAACGGCUUCGAACAGUCAGACAUCCAAACAUUUUAUCGUUUCUUCAUAGUACUGAGGCUGAAGUAAUUGAUGGCUCCUCUACAAAGCUCACUAUAUAUAUUGUCACUGAACCUGUUAUGCCACUCGCGGAAAAAAUCAAGGAAUUAGGAUUGCAAGGUACACAAAGAGACGAAUAUUAUGCCUGGGGCCUGCACCGGAUAGCAAAAGCUGUGAGCUUCCUCAAUAACGAUUGCAAACUUGUACAUGGUAAUGUUUGCUUGGCAAGUGUGGUUGUUACCAAUACCUUGGACUGGAAGUUGCAUGCUUUUGAUGUUCUUUCUGAGUUUGAUGGGAACAAUGCAUCUACAGGACCAAUGCUGCAAUACGAUUGGCUUAUUGCCUCACAAUACAAACCAAUUGAGUUGGAAAAAUCAGACUGGACUACCAUCAGAAAAUCUCCUCCAUGGGCUAUUGAUUCUUGGGGUUUAGGUUGUUUCAUUUAUGAAUUAUUUUCGGGUUUAAAGUUAAGCAAGACCGAGGAGCUUCGCAAUACAGCAUCUUUACCAAAGUCCCUACUUCCAGAUUAUCAGCGCCUAUUGGGUUCUACGCCUUCUCGUAGGUUGAAUCCGUCAAAGCUUGUGGAGAACUGUGAAUUUUUCCAGAACAAGUUGGUGGAUACAAUUCAUUUUAUGGAAAUACUUAAUUUGAAGGACAGUGUUGAGAAGGAUACCUUUUUCCGGAAGCUUCCAACUCUAGCAGAGCAGUUGCCUCGUGAAAUUGUACUAAAGAAGUUACUUCCUUUGCUCGCUUCUGCGUUAGAAUUUGGUUCAGCUGCUGCACCUGCUUUGACUCCGUUGUUAAAAAUUGGCGCGUGGCUUUCUCCAGAAGAGUUCAACAUGAAGGUCUUGCCAACGUUAGUGAAACUUUUUGCCUCCAAUGACCGAGCUAUUAGAGUUGGUCUCUUGCAGCAUAUUGAUCAAUACGGGGACGCAUUUACUGCUCAAGUUGUUGAUGAACAAGUCUACCCUCAUAUCGCCACUGGAUUUUCAGACACAUCUGCCUUUCUGCGUGAAUUGACUCUAAAAUCCAUGCUUGUUCUUGCUCCAAAGUUGUCUCAGCGCACUCUAUCCGGAUCAUUCUUGAAAUAUCUUUCAAAGCUCCAGGUGGAUGAAGAACCAGCAAUUAGAACAAAUACUACCAUACUACUUGGGAAUUUGGCUAGUCACCUCAAUGAAGGGACAAGGAAGAGAGUUUUAAUUAACGCGUUCACUGUUCGUGCAUUGCGGGAUACAUUUUCUCCUGCCAGAGGAGCAGGUAUAAUGGCCCUAUGUGCAACUAGUUCUUAUUAUGAUGCUCAGGAGAUCGCUGCUCGUAUUUUGCCCAAUGUUGUUGUACUUCUUAUAGAUCCUGACAGUGAUGUUCGAUCAAAGGCCUUUCAAGCAGUUGAACAGUUCUUGCAGAUAGUGAAGCAGUUUCACGAAAAGACAAAUGCUGGAGAUAGCACUGAACUAUCAAGCUCAGGAAUCUCAUCACUUCCUGACAAUGGAAGUAUACUAGGAUGGGCAAUGAGCUCAUUAUCUAUCAAAGGAAAACCUACCGAUCAUACUCCACAUUUGUCUGCAAGUUCCAGUGCACCUAAUAUUUCUGCUGUCCCCAAUGCCAGCUCAGCGGUGGCAGAUGUCCAAAGUACAGGACUGGUGCGUGCGUCUUCAACUGCUGACAUGGCGGAUCAACCUGCACCUGAGUCGCCUACCUCCACAGCUACCGAUGGAUGGAGUGAGCUUGAUAACGGUAUUAUUGCUGAAGAUCAUGCGAAUGAUAAAGAUGGCUGGGACGAUUUUUUGCCUCUUGAAGAAGAAUCAAACCCGUCCCCUGCUCUUGCAAGUAUCCAAGCUGCUCAAAAGCGACCCGUUGCACAGACGAAACCACAAGUUUCAAAUAUGAGACCGAAAGCGACAACACAUUCGAUCAAAAACGAAGAUGAAGACUUGUGGGGUUCAAUUGCUGCCCCUCCUCCAAAAGUAAAACCAAGUGCCACCGCAAUUGAUGAUGAUGACCCCUGGGCCGCCAUUGCAGCACCACCACCAACCACUCGGGCCAAGCCAUUAGCUGCUGGACGGAGCCGAGGAUCUAAACCUGCCGCUGCACCAAAACUGGGUGCUCAAAGGAUAAACCGAACAUCUUCGUCGGGAGUCUAAUAUUUUUAUAGAGGAUUGGGAAAAUAUGCAAAAAAGGGAAGAGAUUUAUACGAGGUAUGUAUGUAUAUUAGUGUUAUUACCAUUACCAUUUAAAUGGGUGUGUUUGUUUGUUUCGUGGGUAUAAAAGUGAAUUAAGGGUAUGAGAAAACCCAGCAAUAUGGGUUUCUUCAAACCUAUUUUGAGCUUGAGGGAUUCUUUUUAAUUUCGGUUUGUUUUAGAUUUCAUUUUACUAGGCCCGAAACUUUCUGGGUUU